AUGGGAAACCUUAUCUUUCAUUUCUCCUUCAUGCUCUUCAUGCUUUAUCUCAUGGUUUGCCCAUCUUUAUGUCACUCCAAUUUUUCUUGCGAUGAAUUGGCGCUUUUGGCUCUCAAAUCUUCUGUUAGGGAUCCUUACCAUCGCUUGGAAAACUGGUCCAGUUCCUCUUCCAUAUGCAAUUGGUCUGGGGUUACAUGUGAUUCUAGGCAUAAGAGAGUUAGAAUACUGAGUCUUGCUAAAAUGGAUCUCAACGGCACCUUACCGUCGCAGCUUGGCGAUAUGUCCUUCCUUGUAAAACUUGAUCUCAACAGCAACAAUUUGUAUGGUAAGUUGCCAAAAGAGUUGUUUCAGUUGCAGAGGUUAGAAAUUCUGAACCUAAGCUAUAAUGCAUUCAGUGGAGAAAUCCCAAGUUGGAUAGGAAGCUUAUUUAAUCUUCAACACUUGAUUCUUGGCAAUAAUAGUUUUGGAAGUAUCAUUCCUCCAAGUAUAUCCAAUUUGUCUAUGUUGGAGACCUUGGAUUUGAGCUCUAAUUCUCUCCAAGGAUCUAUUCCGUUUCAUAUUGGAAGGCUUCAGCAUCUCAAAACUUUGCGCCUUUCUGUGAACAAGCUUUCAGGAAUCAUACCUCCACCUAUUUCUAAUAUAUCCUCACUUGAGCGCAUCUCUCUGUCUGUCAACGUCCUACAAGGACCUAUUCCCAUAGAAAUGAAUAAGCUCACAAAGCUGAAAAUUAUAUACUUGGAAGAUAAUAAGUUGACUGGCCAAAUACCAAGAAGAGAUAUUCCCAAGGAAAUUAGCAAUCUUACAAAUGCUAACAAAAUAUACUUGGAUAACAAUCACUUGUCUGGUCACAUACCAAAAGGCAUUGGAAAAUUGACUAUGCUUCAAGAGCUAUCUCUUGCCAACAAUAACUUUGAAGGAAAUAUUCCCAUUGAAAUUAGAAGCCUUACAAAUCUGAAAAUUAUAGACCUGUCAGUUAAUCAACUAUUUGGCCAUAUACCAAGAGGCAUUGGAAACUUGACUAUGCUUCAAGAUUUAAAUCUUGAAAUCAAUAAUUUGGAAGGUUCAAUACCUAUGGAAAUAGGCAAUCUUCAACAACUUGAAACGUUAUUAUUAUCUCAAAACAAGUUGAACAAGUCUAUUCCAUCAGAAAUUUUCAACAUCUCAGCUUUGAAAGUCUUGUCUCUCUCAAACAAUUCUCUAUCAGGAAGUCUUCCAUCAGAUUUUGGAUAUGGCCUUCUUAAUCUACAGAGUUUAUAUUUAUGGGGCAACAAACUAUCUGGAAGGAUCCCAAAUACUAUAUCCAAUGCUUCCAAGUUAACCAUUCUAGAAUUAGAGCAAAAUAAUUUUGAAGGGGUUUUGCCAAGCACAAUUGGGCAUUUAAGAUACUUAGAAAAUCUGUGGGUGCAUGAUAACAAUUUCUCCAUAAUAGAUGAUGAUUCAAAUUCUGAAACUGGCUUUUUUAGCUCGUUGUCAAAUUGUAGACAUUUGAAAACCCUAAUUCUCUCAAAGAAUCCAUUGCAAAUGAAACUUCCCAAGUCCAUUGGAAAUUUGUCUGAUUCUCUACAGACACUGAUGAUUGACUUCUGCGGGAUUAAUGGUAGCAUACCAUUAGAAAUUGGGAACCUGUCCAACUUGGUUCAACUAUCUUUUGCUGGAAAUGUUUUAAAUGGAUCAAUUCCAACAACAAUUAGCAACUUACAGGAUCUUCAGUAUUUGAAUCUUGUGGGCAAUGAGCUAGAUGGCUUGAUUGUUGAUGAGCUUUGUGACGUUAGAACAAUUGCAUACUUAUAUUUAUCUCAAAACAAAUUUUCUGGAGCAGUGCCUUCUUGCUUAGGAAAUCUUAUGUCCCUGCGGGAGCUUUAUUUGGGCUCCAAUAAGUUGAUCUCCGAGAUACCUUCUUCCUUUUGGAAUUUAACAGGCAUAUUGAAAGUAACCUAUCUUCCAACAAGCACCAUUCCGACGACCAUUGGUGGCUUGCAAAAUUUGGAAGUUUUCUCCUUAGCACAUAACAUAAUGCGAGGGACGAUUCCGCGAUCACUUGGGGAUUUGCUAAGCUUAGUAAAUCUAGACCUUUCCCAAAAUAACUUGUCUGGUGAGAUUCCUAAAUCACUAGAGUCAAUUACGUCCCUUAAGUUUGUCAACCUCUCAUAUAACGAACUACAAGGUGAGAUCCCAAGUGACAGGGUCUUCAAAGAUUUGACAGCUGAAUCUUUCAUGGUGAAUAAAGCACUUUGUGGUGAGCCAAAAAUGCAAGUGCCUACAUGCAGAAAAGAGGAAAGAAAAAGGUCAAUAGCAAAACUGAUUUUGCUGAAAUUUAUACUACCCAUGGUUUUGUCAACACUUUUGGUUGUUUCAGGCAUUAUCCUCUUUCAAUGUAAACGAAUGAAUUCUAGGAAUACCAUAAUGAAACAAGAGUUAUCAGCUUUGGGAAUGCCUAGAAGGAUUUCAUAUUUUGAAAUUUUGGAUGCAACCAACAAAUUUGAUGAGAGUAACUUACUGGGAAGUGGAAGUUUUGGUUCUGUAUUUAAAGGAAGGCUUUCAAAUGGAACAAUGGUUGCUUUUAAAAUAUUCAAUUUUGAUUCAGAAGCAUCGUCAAAGAGCUUUGAACUGGAAUGUGACACAAUGCGUAAUGCACGUCACCGCAAUUUGGUGAAGAUCAUAAGUAGUUGUUCCAAUGUUGAUUUCAAGUGUUUGGUAAUGGAGUUCAUUCCCAAUGGGAGUCUUGAAAAAUGGUUAUAUUCUCAUAACUAUAGUUUGGAUUUUCUGCAAAGGUUGAAUAUAAUGAUAAAUGUUGCAUCUGCUUUGGAAUAUCUCCAUCAUAGCUUGCCAACACCAAUAGUCCACUGUGAUUUGAAGCCAAGAAACAUUUUGUUGGAUGAUAACAUGGUUGCUCAUGUGAGUGACUUUGGAAUUGCAAAAUUUCUAGACAAAGGAAAGUCUAGGACACUCACAGAGACAAUACCUACAAUUGGUUAUGUUGCACCAGAAUAUGGAUCUCUUGGAAUUGUCUCAACAAAAAUUGAUGUGUACAGCUUCGGAAUAAUACUAAUGGAAGUAUUCACAAGAAAAAGGCCAACAGAAGAUAUGUUUGUGGAUGGCUUGAGCUUGAAGAGUUGGGAAUCCAUAUUCUCAAGGUCUCAGAGAAGGUACUGA